GCAGCCGAGUCCGUCCUCAGCUCCACCGAGCCGUUCAGUUUCAGACUGUGCUCUCUCUCUCUUUCCGUGUCUCUCUACGUCCUGAACAACCUCGAAAUGACAUCGAAAACCAUCAUUACCACCAGCCGCAGCAGGAGCCGAGGGGGAAGCGGAGGUGUGGGUGGAUACGGGCUUUCCUCUGGACUGAGCCUGUCGGGAGGCGGAGGGAGCUUUCGGGUAUCCAGGGGCGCCCAAAGUGUCAUCCUGAGACCAACACAGCCCAUUUCAAGCGCCCGAAUCUCCCGAGGCUCAGUGUUGGGCUCCAGCAAAUAUGGUAGCGGCGGUGGAUCGAGCUUCAGCCGAAUGAGUGUCGGUGGAUUGGGUUCCAGCAGAAUGGGCUACGGGCGAUUUGGGGGAGGUAUGUCUCAAGGGCUGAUCCAGAGAACCGCUGCCCUGGACCUGAGCACGCCUUUGCCUCAAAUCGAUACCAGCCAGCAGGCUAUCCGAGUGGAGGAGAGCAGGCAGCUUCAGGGACUCAAUAACCAGUUCGCUGACUUCGUUAGCAAGGUUCGAUAUUUGGAAAAGGUCAAUGCUCAGCUGAGUAUCAAACUGAAACUUCUGCAGGAUCAAGGCGAAUACAAAUCCAACAUCGAGAGCAUGUUCCAGGCCUACAUCGAUAAUCUGAACAAACAACUGGAGGCACUUGGCCAGGAGAAGCUGAGGUUCGAGGCAGACCUGGUCCAAAUGCAAGCUCUAGUCGAGGACUAUAAGGGCAAAUACGAAGAUGAAAUCAACAAGCGCACGGAAAUGGAAAAUGAGUUUGUCCUGGUCAAGAAGGAUGUUGAUGACUCGUACAUGAGCAAAGUGGAGCUGGAAGCUAAACUGGAAGGUCUGACAGAUGAAAUCGAUUUCCUGCGGUCUAUCUACGAAGAGGAAAUCCGGGAGCUGCAGGCACAGAUACAGAACACAUCCGUCAAUGUGCAAUUGGAGGCCGGUCCGAAACUCGAUGUCGAGGAGCUCCUCGCCAAUGCCAGGAGGCAGUACGAAGCAUGCGCCCAGCAGAGCCGUGAGGAAGCGGAAACUUGGAAACAGACGAAGAUGCGGGAAUUGGCCAUGGCGUCUGGACAAAGUGGCGAUGAUCUCAAUGUGCUGAAGUCAGAGAUGAAACAGACAACAGAUCAAAUCCGGAAACUGAAAGCAUCAAUCGAUGCCCUGAAAAAAGAGCGUCAGAAACUGGAAGAUGCAAUCCGAGAAGCAGAGGAACGCGGUGAGAAUUCUCUGAAAGACUCUCGGAUUCGGAUUAGCGAACUGGAAGAGGCCAUCUUCAGAGCCGGGCAAGAGCUUUCCAAACAAGCCAGGGAGUACGAACAGCUGAUGAGCAUCAAGCUUGCACUGGACAUUGAAAUUGCGACCUACAGGAAAAUGCUGGAGGGAGAGGAGGCAAGAAUGGCAAGUGGUGUAAAAACCCUCAACAUCCAGCAAGUACAGAGCCAAGGUGGUUUGCAGCAAGGCUUAGGUUGGGGAGCUGGAUCAUCUUCCUAUGAGACCUCAUUCAGUUCAAGUGGCUCUUAUGCGAGCAACAGAGCGAUGGUGGGUGGACGAACCACGUAUGAGAUGUCGAGCACAGGACUGAGUCAACAAGGGAUCAUUUAAAACCAUCAGUGUCUCUUAGCAGUUCAUUGUCAGAGGUUAUACGUCCCCUAAGUACUGCUUCUAGAGCAGUGGUUAACAUGUUUACAUUCACUUCAUGUCUGGUAUUCGGAAUGUCUGCAUUAACCUGUUCACGUUUCAUAGUUAAAUGACAUGAAGUAUACAGCGACAUCUUAACCAGUUCACAAAAGAAAGUAAACUUUGUGAAAGUUUGGGUUUGUGGGAAAAGCAGUCAAGAAGCUCACACUGUAUUUGUUGGUAUCUUUAAAAUGGGAAUUAAAGCAAGGCUUUCGCUGUUGAACGCUGUUUCAAUUUGAUGUAUAAUUUUGUUCGGGGAUUUACCAUUAUGACAUUCCUGUCCGGCUGAAUAAACGUGUAACCUGCA